UAACUCCGCCCCUCCUUGAGAAAUGCAGCCUUUAUUUAUACAAUGUCUGUGGUCCAACUGGGCUCAGAGGGUGCCUGCGUGUGUUGUGUGUUUGUGUGUGUUUGCUUGUGUGUGUGUGAAUGCCUGCGUGCGGUGGGGGAGAUGUCCUGGAGUCAUAAAAUCGCCUGGUUCCGAGCGGUUUUAAUCUGCGAACUAUUAGGGGAUCGUGGAGAACUUUUUUUCGGGUAACAAGAGAACUAACUGAGACCACGGCUUCCGCUCCUUGACUGAGGGACUUUAAGGAUCUUAUAAAAACAAGACAGUUCAGCAAGCAAAAGAUUGGCACUCUAUGGGGCUUAGAUUUAUCAAUUACAGCUGUUAUUAUUAGACUGGGUUUUUAAAAACGUGGUUGGGUAUGUGACUGUCAUUCAUGGAAGCUUUUUUGUCAUUUGUUGGCUGACUCUGGAGGGACCCCAUGGUUCUUUGGAGAACUGUUUUGGAAAGUUCAGGAGAAGACAUGGAGCAAACUUAACUUCACUGUGGAAAAAAAAAAAAAAAGAGGAUAUGUUUCUGACUUUUACGCUGCCAACAACAACAACAACAACAAUAACGAAUAGCUGCUAUGUAUUUUCUGGCAAUGUGGACAGGGGCCAAGUGAAGGUGAACUGGUCAUGAUUUAUCGCCAGAUUUUUCUUUGUCGUCGGCGUUUCUGCCCACGACCCUUCUUUUUGGGCUUAGUGGUAGCAAUCUGCCUCUUCUACCAGACUCUGACACUUAUAGGGACAAGAAAACUUAUAUCAGCUGUUACUGGGGCUUCCCCAUACAAACUGGCUGAAAUUUAUCCAAGCCAUGCCAAGGAAAUUGUCACAAGGGACACAUAUUGCUUCCUGUCAUCAGAUGAUGCACAGGCAACCCAAAAGAUUAAAGAAUCUAUUGUGAAGCACUUUGGAAGUCAUGAGAGAAGGGCAGUGCUCUAUAUGCCUCCUUCCUACAGCCAAAAGGACCUUCAACUUUAUCAGCACAUCCUCAUACACCUUGGUUAUGCCGUUUUUACCUCAGAAGAAAGCCUCAGGGCUGGCCUUGGGCUGGAGCAGCUGGACAAAGGUGAAUCAGGCUCUUGGGAUCUUCUCAUCUGCUUACAUCCUAGGAAAGCUGAUGGAAAGCCUUGCAUCAUGAAAGAAGAUUUGUGCCAGUUGAACUUACAUCAAAGGGUAAAUAUACUCCCAGAAAUACGGUAUCAGCUUGGCAGCAAGGAAGGAUUAUGCCAAAUCAUUAGAAGAUUUCCAGAGUUGAAGCUUCCAGUUGCUCCUUCUGUAUGCCUGAAUGAGCACACACAGGUAAAACUGAGCACUUCAAACCAUCCUUCAACCACAGGGAAGACCCAUAGGAAACGUCCUGUACUUCUAAGGUCCUUCUGGAACUGGCCUUCUCAGCUGAAUCAAACACCAGCCCCUGUGACAUAUAAGCAACUUUUUAAAGCCAAAGACCUGUCUGUGAUCAUUAAAGCAUAUGUCUUGGUGACAUCUUUAACACCUCUGAGGGCCUUCAUUCAUUCAACUGGUACCAUUUGGAAUCCACCCAAGAAAAAACGUUUCACUAUUAAGUUGCAAACAUUUUUUGAGACAUUCCUUGGGGUCAGUUCUCCUCUUCAGGCCUUUGAUAAUAUGAAGGAAGCUAUAAGUAAACUUCUGCUGGCAGCCGAAGCAUUCAGUGAAACAUCUACACUGGGACCAAAGACCACCAAAAGGUGCAGUUUAUGCUUUCAACUUUUAACAUUUGAUAUUGAGUAUAGCAGCUCUUUGAACCCAUUAGUUCUUCAGGUUCACGAGCAUUUUGAUUUUCAAGAUGAUGAUAAUCUUAAUUUGGAGGACCAAAAUACAAAAGAAUUCCUUCUAAAAGACACUUUCAAUUUUCUCUUUGCCAAUGAGUCUUCACUUUCCAUUUUUUCUGAAGCACUUCAAAGUAUUUACAAAUCAGAAAGGAUUAAGGAUGAAAGAUAUCAAAAUGAACUAAAUCCAUGCUUCUCUUUAGAGGAGAUGAAUUCAAUUAUGACAUUCAUAAAGGAACUCAAGAAUCUGGGACAAUUUCAACUGCUAUUUCCAUCAACUGCGCCCGGGAUUCAAGCUUUUAUGAAUGAAUUUUAUUAUGUGGCAGACCCUAUGAGAAAACACAGUUGGGUUCUGACCCAAUAUUGGUCCCUCUUAAAUUUAUUCAAAGAACUACAGCUUAUGAAUAAAAAGACUCAGCUCUAUUCUCUAGAAUGGGAAUACAAGAACAGUUUGAGAGAUUUGCCUCUGAGACAAGAAAACCAUAGGAAUCUGUUUCCAGAUAACAUUAAGCCAAGAGUUCCCUUGGAUGCAGGUGAAAAUAUCAUAGUGUCACAUUUAAUGAACGAGACCAAAGAGAUGCCUUGCAGGAAUGAUAAAGACACACUGUCUCAUAUAAAGCAGAUCUUUACAAAUCCACAUUUGGAUCUGAAUCCAGAAUUUAACCCAAAGAUCAAAGACUACUACUCUGAAGUCCCAUUUGAUGUUAUAACAGUAACAAUUGGAGCAGAGACUUCUAAUUGCCAGUGCAAAGUACAUCUGGAUGAAAAGGCAGGGCCAAGUUUUGCAAAUUAUCCUCUGGGAUUAGGAAUAAACAAAAUCCUAAUUCUUGUGGUAGAUGAAUCUCAGGCAAGUGGUGAAGUCCUCAGCACUUACAGACUUACAGUUUACAGAGAAGACCGCCCAAGUCUACCCUUGUUCAAUGACUACAUGGCAUGUGGUUUUGUGCAGGAUUGUGGUUUGAAAAUUCACCCAGAGGAAACUUGUGGAUUACAGCAUCUGUCAUCUGACUACAUUGCAACCAUUUCCCAGCCUGAACUUAAGAUUUGUAAGUCUGGAGACGCCAAAGGACAGUGGAUUGUCCCAUGCCUUAGCUGUUCAGACAAUAGAACCUGUGAUUGGAGAGAAAUAACAUGGCAGCCUCACAACUGCCAGUAUGGUAUCCUGUCAAAGACUCGACUACAACACUGCCUAGGAGGAAGAAAGGUCCUUUUCAUUGGAGAUUCAACCAACAGAGGAAUAAUGUAUUAUCUGAUUGAAAGACUCAAUGAAACCCUGCAGGAAUGGCAGAAAGUGCACAGCAUUAAAUCAUACUAUAAUGUCAACAAUGGCAGAACAUUCAUCAGUUACUCCUACUAUCCCCAGUUCUGGAUCAAUGUUUCACAAAGGCCAACAUUUGAAAAAGCUCUUGAACAACUUUUGCAAAGAUCACAUCCCCUCGAGAAUACAGACCAGACAAUAUUAGUUGUUGGUGGUGUUCAGUGGCUUAAUUCCAAUCACCUACAAAUUAUUCACAAGGUUUUGAAAAGGGCAAACUUAUUAAAUAUUCUGGUAAUUAUUAAAACUCUGGGAAUGGGAUUUCAUCUGCCUGUGGAUGGAGUUCAUUCAUUAACCCAGAAUGAAGUACAAAAUUUAUGGAAAGAAAAUUGGAUUAUACUAGAUUCUGCAAAAAGAUAUGGCUAUGAAGUAGUUGAUACUUUCAGCAUAACUAUGGGACGCUACAAGGAAUUUCUGCAAGGAAAGUGUGGAUGCCAUUUCCAUGAGGUAAUUAAAUCUGAGGCUUCCAACGACUCUCAUCUUAUUAAAAUGAAACCAUCAAGACAGCAUGUUGUGGGAAAAUAUUUUAGCAAUUUGAGAAAACAGAAGAGACUGCAAAGCUAUGCAAUUGAUGUAAAAUCACCAUAUCAUGUUAGAGGCCCAAUCAAUCAAGUCUGUUCGGAAAUUCUUCUCAGCAGGAUAUGUACUCGUGAAAGGACUGUGUAACCUUCCUUCUGGAGAAACAACUUUGCAGUUGGAGACUUUCCACUUAUCUGGUCUGGGAACCAUGUCAAAUGCAUCACAUAUCACUAUGGAUCUUGCAUGCAUGUUUGCA